AAUCAUUCUGUUGGCGGCGGCUCGACCUGCCUUACCUGAGCGUAGGCCGCUCAGUCGAGUUUCAGACGUCGUCGGGUCCACUUCGUUAGCGCUACCUCGUCGUCUCUCUCUUUCUGCGAGUGUGUGUUAUUGUCGGUGGUUCUCUGCCUCACCUGGGGCCGCAUGCAACCCGAAAACAAAGUUCGUCUGAGCGGCAAAUGUGAAAAUGCAAAUUUGACCAUCCUCGAGAGUUGGUUGCCGGUGAAAUUACCUCGCGCAGCGCUACCUGGCAUUCCUCGGUCACAGUCAACGUCAUUGUCAGCGUCAUCAUCCCUCCAGAAUCUCUGGGAAUCCUGGCGGGGGGGCAAGGCAAAGUCGGACUCGCAUCCGUUUCCGGUUCUUUCUGUUCUGUUGAUUGUUCCCUAUACAUACAUUGCAGUCGGUAGUUUUUCAUGAAUGAAAUUUUAAUUUCAUGAGUGCGCGAGUGUGUGUGCACCGCAUGUCCAGUCACAGUUCCAGUUCCAGCCCGAACUCCAGCGGUGUCAACUGACGGUGCCCUCCGAUCGCAUUGUCGACGCUGCCGGGGCGUCAGUGCACCGUAAAGAUCUUUAUCGCAUUUUAAAUACGUUCUGGAGCAGAAGGCAGAAGGCAAGACCCGGCCGGCAGGCAGGUAGACGGAAAGCGAGCCAGGUUAAUGCGGUUUAUUGUUCUAUGAACGCUGGCUGGCACCGCACUCUGUUUAAGUUUCGCACGCUGAUAAAGAGGAGCAGCGACAACAUCGAACGCACGGACUUCGCCCUGCCCAUCAAGAUGUGGCCGAAGCUCAGCCUACUGGCACUUCUCUCGCUCUCGCUGCUGUCCGACCUGGCAGCGGCCAAUGACCUCAAGGAUCUGCUGGAGGACAGCACAACGAGCAGUACCAGUACCAGCACCAGUACCUCUUCCUCCUUGGCCGCCUCACCCACAACGCCUAUGGCGUAUGUGGUAUCAGCGGCUGCUGUGCCCGCCACUGUCACAGGGAAGAUCAGAUCCAAGUCUUCGUCCGGGAAAUAUGUCAACAAAAGUUCGCCCAGGAAGCGCAAGGCGGAGCAAGUCUCCUCGCUGCCGCUGCCCGUGGACGAUGAGCUCGGGGAAUGGAAGUGUCCCAACAUAACGGGCACCCGGAAUGCAGAGCUCGAAUGCGGAUGCGAUCUGCCCCACACGCUCAGGUGCAACAUUGAUCUGCACGGAUUGCUGCUGCUUGCGGAUAGACUACGUACCUCUCCGUACUCCAUCUCCCUGCUGGACUGCUCCCUGCGCAAUGUUACCUUCCUGAGCGACGCCAAGAUCUUCGACGGAGUCUCGCUGCACGGUCUGGUCAUUUCCUCCGGCGAGAUUAAACGGGUGCACAAGUCCGCCUUCUUGGGCAUCCGGGGGCCACUGCAGGCUCUUGGUCUGCCCGGCAAUGCGCUGAUGAGCGUGCCCUGGAAUGCCCUUUCCACACUGGGCGCCUUAGAGCGUUUAGAUCUAGCCAACAACAAGAUCAAGGCUCUGGGUACUGCCGACUUUGUGGGCCUAGGUAGCCUGGUCUAUCUGGAGCUGAGCAACAACCAGAUCUCGAGCAUCUCGCAGCGAACUUUCGGUAAUCUUCGAAAGAUGGAGGUGCUAAAGCUGGGCGGGAAUAGGUUGGGCGACUAUCCGCAGAGCCUGAGAUCCCUGAGCCAGUGCCUCAGCCUGCGACAGCUGGAUUUGCAGGCCAACAACCUGAACGGACCACUCAGUGAGCAGACGCUGCCCGGGUUGAGGAACCUGGAGAGCUUGAAUCUCAAUCGGAAUCUGAUCAAGAGCAUACAGAACAAAGCCUUGGCUAACUUCUCGCGACUGGUUAGUCUGUCGCUUCGCCACAAUCAAAUCGAUGUGCUGCAAGAUCACGCCUUCUUUGGACUGGGCGCUCUGGACAGCCUGGACCUCAGCUACAAUGGCAUCGUGGCCAUCUCCAGUGCAUCGCUGCAGCACUUGAGCCGUCUUACGGUCCUAGAUCUCACGCAUAACUUCUUGAGAGCACUCACCUCGGAUCUAAUAGCACCGCUACCCUCUCUGAGGGAGCUGCGAUUGGCUGGCAAUGAUAUCUCCAUAGUGGCCCGGAAUGCCAUGGAUGGGGCUCGGGAGCUGGAGAGUCUGCAGAUGCAGGAGAAUCCGCUCUCGUGCGACUGCAGCAUCCGGCCCUUCGCCGAGUGGCUGCAGGUGUCCCAACUGCAUUCCAGUCUGACUGCUUCCUGUGUGACGCCGCCCCGGUUGGAGGGAGCACCUCUGCUUCAGGUGCCCGUGGAGACGCUCAGCUGUGACAUGGACAAUGUGGAAAAGGACAAUGCCAAUAUAAUGCAACAUCUGGAGACGCUGGCUAAACCAAAUCAGACGUCGCCCGUCAAGGACUUGUCUGAGGAGAUUAUUCUACAUGAGCUCCACUAUUCUGCGGAUUAUGGUCUCAUCCUUACCUGGCUCCUGAAUCUUAGCAAGAAGGACUACAUGUGCGAUGCCAUCUUUGUCUAUAAAGAGGAGAACAUAAAUGAGAUUCUCAUAGACAACUCACCGAUCCAUUGCGAGAGCAAAGUAGUCAAUGGCCAGAACACAGUCAGCGUCAUUGUGCCGGAUAGCUCUUCCCUGGAAAUAGGCGAAAGCUAUCGCUUUUGCCUGGUCAUGGUCCAGGAGCAGAAUCCCAAGGCUGAUCUGAACAUCGGCUGCUCGAACAUCACCCAGCUGCAAAUGAGCAGCCCCGGCUCCAUUCCCGUGUCGCGUCAAUACCAAAGACGUCCGUACUACACGUCCAAUGAGCUGAAGCCGGAGGCUGUGCUUGAGGCUGGCGAGGAUUACCAGCUCAAUCAGCGCCGCUUCAACCCCGUGGUGGUGGGCAGUCAGCCGCAGCAAACGCAUCCCCACCAGCAGUCGACGCUGCUGCACAGCUACACGGUGAUCGAUUCGCUGAACAAGAGCUUCCUGCCUGGUCUGGGUCUGGGCGUGCUGGUCACCUCAGUGCUGGUCCUUAUCUGGGGAGCGACCCGCAUCCGACACACGGGUGGCAGCAACGGCGGAGGAGGAGGUGGCGGUAGGGGCAACGACAGCAUCGGCAGCAACAGCAGCAGCAUGCACAACAACAAUAACAACAGUCGACCGGGCACUCCGACGGCAACCACUUGCUAUGCGGCCUCGGAUCACAUAGCCCGGCUGGCGGAUGCGGAGAGCGGGACGCGCUACCUCAAGCUGCAGGCCACGACCAGCCUGUGAGGCAGCACUGGCAGGGCGUUGCACCUGCCCACUCAAUAAACCAUGUGAUAGUACAGUGGCAACUGUACCGACUUGCGUAGCUUAGACUAUA